AUGUCCACCUCGCCCACCCCGUCAGAGCGCGAGCGGGCCGACGCAGAGGCCAAGGCAAAAGAGGAAGCCGAGCAGGCCGCCCUGCCGUACAAAUGGACACAGACCACCAAGGACCUCGAUGUCACAAUCCCAAUCGAUGCGCAGUACAAGGGCCGCGAUCUCGAUGUGAAGAUUGCGAAGACGCAUCUGAAGGUCGCCAUCAAAGGCCAAGAUCCCAUCAUUGACGGCGACCUCCCCCACCCCAUCCACGUCGACGAGUCCACCUGGACGCUCGAAACUGUCCCUGGCGGCAAGGAGAUUAGUGUGCACCUCGACAAGGUGAACCAGAUGGAGUGGUGGGCACACGUCGUAACGGGCGCACCAAAGAUCGAUACCUCCAAGAUCCAACCCGAGAACAGCAAGCUGAGCGAGCUCGAUGGCGAGACGCGCACCAUGGUCGAAAAGAUGAUGUACGAUCAGCGGCAGAAGGAAAUGGGCAAGCCGACAAGCGACGAGCAGAAGAAGAUGGAGCUGCUGGAGAAGUUCAAGGCACAGCAUCCGGAGAUGGAUUUCUCGAAUGCGAAGCUUGGUUGA